CAGCCGGGACCCGCCAUUUUCUGCCGGGAAAGGCGGGAAGGGGGAGAUCGAAGCCGCCGCAGCUGCACCGCGGGACCCGCACGGCUCCAGCGCCGCCGCCAGCGCCGCUCGCAGGCUGUGACGGCCCGGGAUGGCCCGCACCAAGCAGACGGCUCGGAAAUCCACCGGCGGCAAAGCGCCGCGCAAGCAGCUCGCCACCAAGGCGGCCCGGAAGAGCGCGCCGUCCACGGGGGGCGUCAAGAAACCGCAUCGCUACCGCCCCGGGACGGUGGCGCUGCGCGAGAUCCGGCGCUACCAGAAAUCCACGGAGCUGCUGAUCCGGAAGCUUCCGUUCCAGCGGCUGGUGCGGGAGAUCGCGCAGGACUUCAAAACCGACCUGCGCUUCCAGAGCGCCGCCAUCGGGGCGCUGCAGGAGGCCAGCGAGGCGUACCUGGUGGGGCUCUUUGAGGACACCAACCUGUGCGCCAUCCACGCCAAGCGCGUCACCAUCAUGCCCAAGGACAUCCAGCUGGCGCGGCGGAUCCGCGGCGAGCGCGCCUGAGCGCGUUUGGGGCGAAUUCCCCCCGGUUCGGGCAAAUCCGGCCAUUCCGGGCAAUUUCCGGCUUCUCGGAGUUUUUUCGGGGAAUUUUCUGGGAAUUUCUGGGAUUCCGGAGCGCCGCAAGUUUGGGGCGGGUUCCUCCUGUUUUUGUACAAUUGGGGGUUCCACGUUUUUCUACGCGACGGUUUUUGAGGGGGAAACGGGAAAUUUUUUUGGGGGGGGGGAGAAUGGGAAUUUUUUGGUGAAAAAUCGGGAAUUUUUGGGGAAAAAAAAUGGGAAUUUUUGGGGGAAAUCAGGAAUUUUUUGGGAGAAAAUAAUGGGAAUUUUUGGGGAGGAAUUGGGAAUUUUUUAGGGAAAAAUCGGUAAAUUUUGGGGGAAAAAUCGGGAAUUUUUUAGGGAAAAAAUGGGAAAUUUUCAGGGGAAGAACUAGGAAUAUUUUUGUGGGGGAUGUGGGAAUUUUUUAGGGGGAAAGAGGAAUUUGGGGGGGAAAAUGGGGAUAUUUUUGUGGGGAAAACAGGAUUUUUGGGGGAGAGAAUGGGAAUUUU